GGGUCCUCACCCGUUGCUCCAGUUCAUAUUGUCAGUGAAGAGUCCCCUGACAAGACGAAUUUGGGCUUCAUUCACGCGUUUGUGGCUGCGAUAUCGGUCAUCAUUGUAUCAGAGCUGGGGGAUAAGACCUUCUUUAUUGCAGCCAUCAUGGCAAUGCGAUACAACCGCUUGACUGUACUGGCUGGUGCUAUGCUUGCCUUGGGACUCAUGACAUGCUUAUCAGUUUUAUUCGGCUAUGCUACCACGGUUAUUCCUCGUGUGUAUACAUAUUAUGUGUCAACAGCACUCUUUGCAAUUUUUGGCAUCAGAAUGCUUCGGGAAGGCUUGAAAAUGAGCCCAGAUGAGGGUCAGGAGGAACUGGAAGAAGUUCAAGCAGAAAUUAAAAAAAAAGAUGAGGAACUUCAGAGAACUAAACUCUUAAAUGGGCCAGGAGAUGUGGAAACAGGACCAGGCACCACCAUACCCCAGAAGAAAUGGCUACACUUUAUUUCUCCAAUCUUUGUUCAAGCGUUUACUCUGACAUUUUUAGCAGAAUGGGGUGACCGUUCCCAAUUAACCACCAUCGUCUUGGCAGCGAGAGAGGACCCCUAUGGUGUGGCAGUAGGGGGAACAGUUGGGCACUGCCUGUGCACUGGCUUGGCAGUCAUCGGAGGGAGGAUGAUAGCACAGAAGAUCUCUGUUAGGACUGUGACAAUCAUAGGAGGCAUCGUCUUCUUAGCAUUUGCAUUUUCUGCACUAUUUAUAAGUCCAGACUCUGGUUUUUAAAUUUAUUUUCAUCAUUGUAAAAGAACAAGGAGUGGAAGCACUAUGCAGCUAUCCUUGUACGUUGCUGUAUAUAAUGUACAGGAUUGAGUUAAACACAUACUGAAGAUGAGACACUGUACUUUUUAUAGCAAAUGAUCUGUGGCAUGGACAGCUUCUGCAGCGGAGCUCUGCGCGUGGUCCGGGCUGUGCGAGCGGCGGGGCCGGCUCCCUCGGAGGGACUGGAGCAGUUUUCUGGUUUGUGGAACCUGGCUCAAUUGAGCUUUGAGGAUCUACAUUCGUAAAUGUUGAAGCUUCCCAUCUUCUUCCUCUGUUACACCUGGCUACCUUUCCGUUUCCUCAAGAGCUUAUUCUUAUGGCUGCGUAAACAGCCGGCUCCGAAGAGACCGUGUUUCUGUUGCUCAACAGCAAGUGCUGAGUGGAAAACUGCUACCUCCCACCUCCACGCUGCCCAGGAGCAGGGGGCACCCAGGGCAGGAUA